AUGUUAUCGUUUUUCUCUAAACUAUCUUUAAACAACGCUCAGAAGUCACCUGUGGAGUUAACUAAACCCGCUUAUAUGGACAAAAGUGCAAGUUUGCAAGAGCUUGGGUACCAAGAUGACAAUGAGUUGAGAGAGACAAUAUAUGACUUUUUGAGGACGAUACGGGACCCGGAGAAGCCUAGUACGUUGGAGGAUUUGAAGGUUGUAUACGAGGAAGGAAUCUUCGUGAAGGAACCCACCGCAGAUAAAGUGCCCGUACUAAGAGUAGAGUACAAUCCUACAGUGCCUCAUUGUUCCCUGGCAACGCUCAUUGGCCUUUGCAUAAGGAUCAAAAUAUUGCGUUCAUUGCACCACCCUGUUAAACUUGAUGUAUUCAUCAAGAAAGGAGCACACACUACUGAAGAUGAAAUUAACAAGCAAAUCAAUGACAAAGAGCGAAUUGCAGCCGCGAUGGAGAAUCCCAAUUUGAGGAACCUCGUGGAGAACUGCAUUGCCGAAGAAGAA